CAUUACCCCCCAUUUCCCAAGCUCCAAUACUGCUCCAACCCCGUUGCACCCCGAAGACUCCUUCCCUCAGUUACAUGAGCUGGAGGCCUGGCCGGGGCAGCAGCAGGGUCUGGUUCCCCUGCAUUCACCACAGUGGUGGGAAGCAGAGCUGCCCAUCCCACUAAGCUCAGCUCCUCCGAGCUCUGGUUGAGCUACUGCUCUCCUUCCCUGUGUGCCGCUGCUGGCAGGGGCCGCCUUCAGCAUUGGCCAGCAGCCGCUGCUCUCCUGCCACCCGGCUCUGAAGGCAACACAGAAGUAAGGGUGGCAAUACCGCGUCCUCUGUAAAAUAGCUUUGUGACCCCCCUGCAGGAGGACCCCUCAUUUGAAAAAUGUCCUCUCCCCCCAUGAAAUCGAUAAUACUGUAGAGUGAAAGCACACCCAAGACCAGAUUUCACUGUUCGUGACACACAUUUAUGGCUAUUAAUUUGGUAGGGCUCCAGUCAUGAUUUUAGUCACCACCAGGUUGUGUCCUCUCUGGAGCUAAGGCACGACUUUAAAUACUUUCAGCUAAAGGGUUGAGCCCCCUCACAGGCUGCCGUAGCAGACAAUCUCUGAGAGUCAGGCCCAGAAAGGGACGUGUCGCAUAGACGGAGCAGUGGGCGACAGUAGCGUAGAGGAUAAACAUUUAACCAACUGUGCAAUUAUACCAGUGGAAAACGGAGAGCGUCUUAUUCUUUGCUCCCUCCGUUUUUCAUCUUCCUGCCGGUCUUGACUUUGCCCGCUUCUAGCGCUACACAUCUGCUUCGUGCUAAACGUUUUGAAGGAAUAUUUGACUGUUCUGAUUCUUGCAUCUGACUCCCUGUUGCUCUCUCUCUCUCUAAUCCAGAUCUUCUCAGAAAACUUGGCAUCAUCCUUGUCUGUUUCCUUCUCCCACCUCCUUUCAUCUGUGAAUCUACAUGCUCCACAUCUCCAUCCUCGCAGGAAUUAAACUUCACCUAGGUCACUGCUCCGCCAAAAUCCUUAUCCACGUGUCAUUUCCUCAUCACGGCUACUGCAACACCCACUUCUGUGUGCGCGUCGUGUCCCUAGGGGCCCAUAAUGAGCAAAUGCCCCUUGACUCCAGGAACUGGAGCCAGAUAGUCUAAGACAGUUCAACAUUGCCUGCUUUGGGGCUGCUUUACCCGCCUCUGCCUGUCUUCUCUCAGCCACGCUUCUCAUCUACUCUAGGAACCACGUUCUGUGUGGACCGAGGUGACUUGCCUCCAAGCUGUUGAACUGCUUCCUUUCCUUAAAACCCCAUCUGUACGACACCAUGGCGCCGUGUACCUGAUGCUACAAUCAUUUAUAACAUUCUUGUGUUCCAGACCAUCCUGUGAAUGUUGGAAUUGGGCCUCUGCUUGGGAUCUCUGCUUAUUCAGGCUGGAUCAUUUAACAUCAUUUAAAAGCUGAGAGUGAAAGAGCUCAGCUUCGGGGGAGCAGCUGUAAUGCUUGUUCUUCUUGGGUUUCUUCAGCAACACUUUUGGACACACCAGGCUCCAAACAAUGCAUCACUCCUGCAUAGUGAUAUUGACAGCAUCCAGGAUCAGAGCUGCCCACUAAUACGCUCUUUCUUGUGUCUCUCUCUCUCUGAAAUCAACAGAGCUGGCGCUUUGGCCAAGAAUAGCAUCACUGCUUCCCAGGAGAAGAGAAGCAGCCCAGGGAUCAUUCUAAGUCCCAAUCCAAGCAUCUGGAGACAUCUCCAAAUAUCAUGAAUUCUAAUAUUAACAACACCCUCAGCGCUGUACUGUCCAGCCGCACACAGAAUAUGAGACAUUCAUCCCAGUGGAUGGUUGCUGCCAUUGUGCUUUUCCUGGCGGUGCCCAGCUCCAGCACCACACCCACCUACCCUUGGAAAGACCCCAUUACACACGACAAACUGCUGUGUCAUCAGUGUCCACCUGGCACCUUUGUGGCCCAGCACUGCACCCGAGACAAGCCCACCGUGUGUGCCCGGUGCCCAGAUCUGCAUUACACGCAGUACUGGAACUACCUGGAGAAGUGCCGGUACUGCAAUGUCAUCUGUGGAGAGCUGCAGGUCGAGCUCCACCAGUGCAACUCCACCCACAACCGGGUGUGCCAGUGCCGGGAGGGCUAUUACUCGGAUUCCGAGUUCUGCAUUGAGCACGCCAAGUGCCCUGCCGGGUUUGGCGUCGUGCAGCCAGGUACUCCCCAUCGGAACACAAGGUGCGAGAUGUGCCCCCCCGGGUUCUUCUCCUCCAGCUCCAGCACAGAGCCGUGCCGGGCCCACCAGAGCUGCUCGCAGCAGGGGAAAGAGACGAACGUGGAGGGAAACCAAUUCCACGACGCCCUGUGCACCACCUGCAAGAUGUUCAAGGGGAACAGCACCCAGGAGCCAGGAAACGCGGACUGUAACCAAGCCGUGAUCGACUUUGUGGUGUACCAGAACAUCCCAGUGAAAAAGCUGAAGCGCCUGCAGCAAAUCUUUGAGCGGCGCUCCAAGGAGCACCAACACAAGGACUCCCAGGCUGCCCUGCAGGAGAAGUUCCACACGUACCUCACCCACCUGAAGAAGGAUCACUUGGAGCUGGUCAAAGUGCUGCUGAACGCGCUGCGGGUGGCCAAGCUGCACUCGGUAGAAGAGAAGGUGCGGAGACGCUUCUCCUUGCCACUAGAGAAUUAACAGACCUGGGGGAGUUUGGAGUGAGUGAGGUUGGUUGGUUUGUUGCUGGUCAGGCUUGUUUAAUUUAUUAACUUUUCACCCACUAACUUGAGAUUCACCUUGGAGAGGACGGACGGGGGGGCAGCGAUUAAGAUGCAGUCUCUGAUUCGUUCCGGAGCCUCUCCGUUCUGGCAGCUGGCCAUUGUCUCUGUGUCUGUCUGUCUGUCCUGGCCACGGGUGACGUCUGUAGUGCAGUCUGUGCCGGGGCUAGCGGAACUUCCCUUCAAGUGGAGCUGGAUGAGAACUGAGAGAAACUCGCACUUUGAACAUAAACCUUCCAGCCUCUGGAGUGGAGGGUAGAUGCUAUUCCUGCUUUCUCAGAAUUGUCCGAUUCCCAGGAGCGCACUCCAUGCCCCUUGACAGCACAAGGAUCCCCGUGGCCCUUUCUCAGGCCUCUGAGCAGUUUAAUUUGACCCUGUUUUAAAAACGAUUUGUAAAUAUUUCCAUUGGAAACCUGCCUUUCACCUUCCAACGCUAAGUUACUUUCCAAGAGGGGUUUAUCCCAGAGCUGCGUCGGCUCUAGGAGGCCCCUGAGGUCACUGGGUUACAGCCUCUUGUACACGUAUUUCUACAGUGCCUUGUUUUGUAUUGGUUUGAUACACAGAAACGGAAAAAUGGCCUUUGCCUCUU